CUUGUGAGGAAAUAUUGAACUUCCUGUAUGGUGAUGAUGUGUUUAUGUUAAUCACAUAGCUAAGGCAAAAACCUAAAUGAUUCGCGGGAAAAAGUAAAAAAUGGCGACUAGCAGAGUUUGAACUUUAGCGCCUGUACACAUAUUUGCAAGAAGAGACAACUCCUCGCUAAUGGAACGUUACUCAACAGCAACAACAAUAUUUCGAGUUUUAUCGAACCUGGGUUGGAAGUUUAUCAAGGGGGAAGUGUUGUAGUGUGUGGACAGCCCAGCUGCAGCAUGUUGGAGUCAGCAUACAGAGAUGACUUCUGCAGUGUGGAGCCGAAGAAGGGGCUGGAUGCCAAGCGUCUACCCCAGAAGAGGGAGCGGAGCUUCACAGACCUGGAGAGCAGCCUGACAGUGGGCCAGUAUGUCCUGUGUCGAUGGUCUGAUGGCCUAUACUACCUGGGGAAGGUCCAGAGAGUGAGUGCCUCCAAGCAGAGCUGCUUUGUCACUUUUGAAGAUAAUUCAAAAUUCUGGGUUCUCUGGAAAGACAUCCAACAUGCUGGAGUUCCGGGGGAGGAACCCAAAUGCUCGGUUUGUUCUGAAAUGGUGCUGGUGUCUGACAAUGAGAUCCUGAUAUGUGGGAAAUGUGGAAUAGGUUACCACCAGCAGUGCCACCUGCCAGAGGUGGAGAGCUCAAUGGAUUUGUCACCAUGGUUUUGCAGGAGGUGCAUCUUUGCUUUAGCUGUGCGGAAAGGGGGAGCUCUCAAAAAGGGCGCUAUCGCAAAAGCACUGCAGGCCAUGAAGCAGGUGCUUACCUACAACCCAGCAGAGCUGGAGUGGGAUUCUCAGCACCGCACAAAUCACCAGCAGUGUUAUUGCUACUGUGGAGGACCUGGAGAGUGGUACUUGAAGAUGCUGCAGUGUUUUCGGUGUCAACAGUGGUUCCAUGAGGCCUGUAUCCAGUGCCUACAGGAGUCCAUGAUGUUUGGAGAUAGGUUUUACUUGUUCAUCUGUUCCGUGUGUAAUAAAGGACUGGAGUACAUUAAGCGCCUGGCUCUCCGAUGGGUGGACGUGGUGCACUUGGCACUUUACAACCUGGGAGUCCAGAGUAAGAAGAAGUACUUUGAGCUGGAGGAGAUCCUUAACUUUGUCAGCAACAACUGGGAGCAUUUCCAUUUGGGCAAGCUCUCCAAUACUCCUCCAAUAGAAAGAGGCCAAUAUCUCCUUGAUGCUCUGAACAACUACAAGAGCAAGUUUCUCUGUGGGAAGGAGAUCAAGAAGAGGAAAUGCAUCUUCCGCCUGAGGACACGCGUUCCACCGAACCCUCCCUCCAAACUCUUUCCCGAGAGGGCCCAAAAUGAGGGAUGGAGAGGACGAAAGAAAGGCCCAGACAGGAACAGCUCUCUCCCGGCAGAGAAGAGGAGGAAGAAAAGGUCAAAAUGGCUGCUGGAGGACGCCAUUCCCAAUAAUGACCUGACCUCAGCCUGGAGCACCAACCAUCAUAUGGCCAACAUCUUUGACUUCACAUUGGACGAGUUACAAAGCCUCAAAAGCACUAGCUCGGGACGGACCUUCAGUCUUGACUUGGACUCCACAGACGCUGCCAGCACCUCUGGGUCCGCCACCACCAGUGUCUCCUACGACUUCAGGAAGAAUGUUGGCAGUCGUAAGAGGAAGCUGCCCACCUCUAACUAUACGGUGCUGGCCACUAAGAAGGAGGUGGUGGAGAGCGAGCUGAGCCCCAUGGAGCUGAGCCUACCAGGAGAGGAGGCUGCCUCCGCGAUGCUGGACAACGCGAUCGACAGCCACACCUUUGACAGCAUCAGCGAGGACGACUCCUCCCUCUCCCACCUCAAGUCGUCCAUCACCAACUACUUUGGGGCGGCGGGGCGGCUCACCUGCGGAGAGAAGUACCAGGUGCUGGCCCGCCGGGUCACUCCAGAGGGGAAGGUGCAGUAUCUGGUUGAAUGGGAGGGCACCACUCCCUACUGACCUAGCUGGCCAGACUGGCUGGCUGCUGCAGUUAGGAGGUGUCGCAGAGGGAGGGGGAGUAAUAGGCAAGAUCGGCAUAGCAAGGCCUACCAGGUUGUACUCGUUUAUUUUUUUCAUGUUACUUUCUCUUGCUCUACAGUGCUAUCUUUAUUUCAGUAUAUAAUAUUAUUUUGGGUAUAUUGAACCAAUUUGGUAGCGUCCUCUUGAGCAUCUUGAAUAGUAACAAAGCCUGAAAAACUGUGUUCCGGAUGCUAGUUUGAGUAGGUUUGUGAUGGUAAAGAUAGCGAAAGAGUUGGCUCAGAGUUCCAAGAAAGAACAAUACCACUGAUUCUAAAGGAUGGGAGCAAAACUGUCGGAAGAGCACUACUAAAAUACGGGCUCUGUGUCCCUAAAUUCAACAAUAUUCUACUCUAUUAAUAGUUUUUCACAGUAUUUAAAAAAAAAACUUUCUGUUUAGAAUUAUUUCACAAUAACAGCAAUAUGCCAUAUCUAAGCCACAUUUAUAGUGCCUUCAGAAAGUAUUCAUGCCCCUUGACUUAUUCCACAUUUUGUUCUGUUACAGCCUGAAUUCAAAAUGGAUUAAAUGUAUUGUUUCCACCCAUCUAUACACAAUACCCCAUCUACACA